AGCGGUUAGUCAGCGAUGCCGCGGAUCGGGCGAAAGUUAUAUAAGGCGUGAGCGGACUUUCGGGCGGAUUCAGUAAAAUGUUGCUGACGGUGUUGCGCUGCGAAUCCUUCCUGCUCCUAGCAGCGACGAUCCUCUGGUCGUCGUCGUCUUCAUCGGUGGAGGCGCAGAAGGCACCGUUUCGCGUUAUUCGCGAAUGGAAAUAUCUUAAUUUCACGUGGGACGGAGAGGAACAUCUGCAGGAUGCCAUCGCCAAGGGUCUGUACGUGCCGAAGAACAAUGCGAUCGCCGGUUUGAGCUACCACAAGGGUUACUACUAUCUGGCGCUGCCGAGGAUGAAGGAGGGCGUCCCGGCGACGCUGACGAGGAUCGUCGCGGAGAAUGCCACGGACACAGCGCCCGCACUCCAACCGUACCCUUCGUGGAAGAUGAACUCGCUCGACGAUUGCGCCGCUCUGCAAAACGUGCAGAACGUGGAGAUCGAUCUGUCGGGGAGGAUGUGGAUCAUCGACGGCGGCCGCACGAACACGAUGUCCAAAGAGCCGAGCGGAAAAUGCCGACCUAAGCUGGUGCUGCACGACGUCGCCGAGAAUCGCACCAUGCUCAGUUACACGUUCCCCGAGUCGGUGGCGACGAGCAACGCUUUCCUGUACGACAUCGUCGUCGACGGGUAUUUCGCGUACAUCAGCGACAACAGCAGAUCAGAUCCGGGGUUGAUCGUGUUCGAUUUGAAGCGAGUCCAGAGCUGGAAGGUGCGCCACGAGAGCACGAUGCGUGCCCAGCUGAAUGCGACCUACUUCCAGGUGGACGGCUUCAAGGUGGACACUCCCAUCAACUUGGCAGGAAUCGCAUUGGAUCCCACUAAGGGUCUCCUCUACUACAACCCUCUGUCCAGCUUCCGCUUGUACUCGAUAUCGACCGAAGCGCUUCGCAAUCCCGGCUGGACGAACACGAGCGAGUACAUCGUCGAUUUGGGCCCGAGGACAUCGCAAACGGACGGCAUGGUCAUGGACGAUCAGGGUGUCUUGUACUUUGGUCUGUUGGGUUCGAGCAGUUUGGCCAAAUGGAACACGAGCACCCCGUUCAUCAACAACCAGGAGCUCAUCUCCAAAGAUCUGGCGUACAUUCAGUGGCCCAACGCGUUCGCCUUCAACGAUGAAGACGAAAUCGUCGUCCUCACCAACAGACUCCACAAGUUCAUCUACGAUAUGAUGGAUCUCAGCGAAAACAACUUUAGAUUGCUCGCGUCGAACAUCAGCAGGAAGAGCUAUUUGCACGCCAAACCACCAACACCUACGGAAAUUACAACUACGACAACAACAAGCACAGAGGGUAACCAUAUCCAUUUCCAAAUGGUCACCACCCCGACUACAACAACAACAACUACUACUACAACAACAACAACAACGACUACAACAGAGAAACCAACGACAACGAGCAUGAAAGAACCUGUGGUCGAUAGCGAAACAGUGAAAUCCGUUCCAGCGCCGACAUCAAAAUCCGAGCGAAUCAUCUCCUACUCAUCAUCAUCAUUAUUAUUAUUAUUAACCGCUGUUACCUUGCUGCUAUAAUGGUAAACAUGAUGUCAUCCUUUAAAAUUUAAGCAAUAUCUUAAGUAAUUAACAAUUAGCAUAGAUUUAAGUGUACUUAGUGCGUAGAGAGAUGGAGAGAGAAAUACAAUGUGAUAAUAAAAAGUGUAAUCAGCGGGAAAACACGCGCAAAUUGUGUGAUCUCGCAUCAUCCUGUCAAUAUUUGAACAAAUAAUAAACACAAAUACACAACAUAACGAGUUG